GAAUUGACAGUUUACGGCAGAGUCAGUGGCAGUGGGUGUAGUAGAAAAAUAUUAAAUUGAUAAGCCCACGAAAUUAAAAUUGGUUUAAAUUAACAAUUGUUCCCCCUUAUAUGCGGCUGAAAAGUGUUGUUUUCGAAUGUAUCUCAUAAUUUAGUUUCAAAAAUGAACGAACUGAAAGCACCCUCCUUGCAAUCUUUGCUAGAAUCUGAUCGUGGAUCAACUGAUAGUUUAUUGGCUGAAUCUCUGCAAUUAGAUAUAGAAGACUUGGACGAUGUGGAAUACUCUAUUCCGCCGAUGGGAGCACUUCCAACUCUGGAAAGUGUUCUGAGUGAAUUCGAAGGCGAUUCGGAUAUUGCGUCCACUAAUACGAUUCCAGCGCCUACACCAACUCCUUCGAUGGGCGGCGAUGAAAGCACUCGAGGGGGAGGUUCAAUUAUGCGACAUGUUCUUCUGCAAGGAGUAUCAUCGCAAACAGCAUCUGCUGCGGAUCGAGUUCAUGCUGGAAUGGCAACAGCUUGCACUGUGUCCCAGCUUAUUGCCGUCGGAACCUCCCACGGACACAUUCUCAACUUUGACAACACGCAAACCCUCCGCUGGGCUCACCAAGACAAGAGUUCGCAGGGUGCUGUAACUGCUUUGGACUACAACCAAGACUGUUCGCGUUUGCUUGCCGGCUUUGCCCGUGGACUGGUUGUAAUGAUUGACACCCAUUCAGGAGAUGUGCUUAGGAAUCUAUUCGAUUCAAUUACGCCCAACACGGGCGUCUUACACGUGAAAUGGACUAGUCGGCCGGCUCUGGCUCUGUGUUCGGAUUCCGGUGGCUCAGUGUGGUCAUUGAGUUUCACGCGAAAGCUUGGAAUUAGAGGAUGUGCGUCGAGAUGUCUAUUCAGUGGAGCUCGAGGCGAGGUAUGUGCCUUUGAGCCCCUCAUCACCGAUACCGAUGUGCAGCAUGAUUUAGAUCAGUAUUCUAUUGUUGCGUUGGCAACUCUAUCGAAAUAUUUCAUCGUAACGAUCCGCCCGAGAUUGAGAGUUAUCAAAUUCCAUACUCUGACCGGUCCGCCGGACUGUUUACCCUUGCUGGCUUGGCAAAUGGUUCUGAUUCAAGCUGCCGAUUCCUCACGAACUAUUGAUCCCGUCAUUGUGGUUGCCCGAGGUAAUCAGCUGUUCUUCCAUCAAUUGUUCAUAAAUAGCGGCCGGAUAAAUUUAUUGUUCCUACGUCACGUGCAGUUAGCUUGCAAUCUCUUGGCUGUCCACUGGCUUGGCCCGAAAUCAGUUGCUUGUCUGGACACAUCGGAAAUCCUUCAUCUCAUCGACGUUCGCUCGAGCAAAGAAAGUGAAUGUCUAGAUAUCGCCAAUGCCGGUCUAGUUUAUGGAUCAGCUCAGUUUAAGGGAUUGGCCACGGGCGGAAAUGUAUCGCCAGCUCUUGCCCUUGCCGGAAGCUAUGCCUGUUAUAAUACUGUAGUUUCAAGAGGUACCCAACUCUACGUCCUGGGAGCUAGGUCAAUGCAUAUGAUCACGGUAAGAACAUGGAGCGAAAGAAUUUCUUACUUAGUGAAAAACCAACGAUGGACUGAGGCGUGUGAUCUUGCCAUUGAAUGUUACAAAGCGGCGGGUGAUCGUCCACGAAAGAAAAUCCAAGCUAAAGAAAGGGCAAUUGUCCUAUUCAGAGAGUACAUUGCAGGUUCAAGCCGUGCUCCAGAAUAUUGCCUGGGUUCGAUUGUGAAUUGUCUAAUUGAAGUCAACGAAUUGGACUUGUUAUGGGAUGAACUGUGGGAUCGGUUACAUUCGACUGGCCUAUUUCUCACCCUCAUCACGGAGCACAUUGAAAAGGACUCAAUAAAACGAGUGAACCCAAUUAUAUCUCAGGCUCUGGUUGACUUCUGGAUAAAUCUUUCCCCACAGAAACUCGAAGAAAUCCUACUCAAACUCGAUUGGACGUGCUUGGACCUCGACCAAGUUCUUAAAGCGGUCAAAAAGAAGAAACUCUUUCGAGCUCAGAUUUACUUGAAUACCAAAGCUUUGUGUGAUUAUACAAUCUCACUGACCGAAUUAAUACCCCAAAUUCAAACGGAGGAACCACACUUAGGCAAUAGUUUGUUGGUUUAUAUUUCGAGUUGUUUAGCUGGUCGCGGCUAUCCGCAUGGUGAUAUUCCCCCCGAACAUGUCCAAAAUGUUAAACACGAAGUUUUGCGUUGCCUUGCUUCGUUGCAUUCGUCCACUAGUGAACCCAACGAAUUGCCUUAUCCAUAUUUAAGAGCUCUACUCAAGUUUGAUACCCGAGAAACUCUUAAUGUUAUUUCUUUAGCAUUCCAAGAAAAAGAAUUCACCGGCGAAUUGGGAUUUUCACAUCGCAAGAGGAUCAUCAAUAUUUUAUUGGAGGUUAUGACGCCGGAAAAUGCUACGUGGUCCGAAAUAGGAUGCCUCCUGAACUUCAUCAGCCAACAAAUUUCUUCUAAUUGCUUGCCAGCUGACUCUACACUCCUAGAUAAAGUCAUUAACUACCUUGCAAUGGAAGAGAUAACUGGCGAAACUGCUCGACAACAUUCUGAGCGCGAGAGUGCGUGGCAUGAGCUGCUCUCGUCCAACUUUCUGCUACACAUACCCGACGAGGAGCAACUAGUAAUGGCUCGAAAAGCCAAUUGCUUCUACGUCGUCGAGUAUUUAUUGGAGAGACUAAAAAAAUACGAUGAAAUUCUCGAGUGUUAUUUGAAAAACCCGCUGCGUUAUGAUGCCAUGUUCGGCUACAUAGAAAUGCACGCCAAGAACCCUGAGAGAAAAAUUUACGACCAAUUGUUGCUGCAUUUUCCUCGUAUUCUUUCCAUAGAUUCCGAACGAACAACUCGAAUUGUUGCCGAUUACUUUAGUAAUAAUGUAGUAGAUUUAAUUGGCACCACAAAGAGCGAUACUGAACUUCUUUUUGCAUUCCUCAAAGCCCUCCAUCGUCUCUCGGUGCCACUUAACAGUGUGAACAGUGAAACUCUGCUCGAAUUGUUGUGCACCAACGAACCGGACAGCGUUGAUAAUUUCCUAGAAAACUGUGAUGCUUAUCGAAUAGAAACUGCUUUGGAGAUCGUCCAAAAACAUAAUCUCACAUCGGCGUGUAUUAUGCUCUUCGAAAAGCAAGGAGACUACCAAAUGGCUUUUAAUAUGUCUCACGAUCUUUUGAAGGAUGCCACCGAAGAUAACGCUGAGGCAUGUGCCUUGCAAGUGAGCUCUCUUUGUGCCCGCGCCUCACAGGUGCUGUCAGUGGAGGAACGCGAGGAAUAUUGGUUCAAACUGCUCAAACUCAUCCUCUCACGAGAGUACCUCAAGUCAAUAACGAAAAACAUGCUUCACGAAGCUAGUCAACACGUCGAUCUGCCACGACUAGUCCAGUUGGUUAUGAACACCGGCACAGUAUCAGGCAACAUUGGUGAUAUCAAGGAUCUAUUGAUGGGAAUGUUAUCGAACUCGCGAUAUGAAACCUAUGCCAUGGCGACCACAGCCAAAAUACUCGGCACCGAUUUGCAUACGAAAUUUGUGAAGCGACAAAAGGAAGCGCAUCGUGGGCUAUGGGUGACAUUCGUCAAAUGCGUUAUAUGUCGUCAAAGGCUCUACAACCAAACCGAUGUCCUGGUACUUGGUCCAUGCGGCCAUUCUAUGCAUGUACGGUGCAUUGACCACAAGGAAAGAGAAUGCGACGAUGCUGUUAGCCUCGACAGUCAUAGUGAUUCAAUUGAAGAAGAAAUCAAAUUCAAAUGCCCUCGAUGUGGAUCUGAAAUUCCUGAAUCUGAACCUGUGGAAUUGUCACAACCUUCAGUUAAGUUACUCGAUUGUAAUAGUAGUAAAGACACAGCUGUGGAAUUAGGAGUUUUGCAAUUGAAAGCACCGCCUAGGAAAUUUUGAAAAUCAUUUCAAUUGUUUAAGUUUAAAUAUGAAAUUAAAUAAUACAUAAUUAUACAUAAACUACUAAAUUAAUAAUAAUAAUUAAAAUAUUUGACUAUUUAUUUCCAUUCAAAAAUAAAUUAUAUAUAUCGAGAAAGUUUAAAAUGAGAUUGUUUAAAUUUUACUUUUGUAUAAUAAAAUAAAUAAGCUAUAUUAAAACAAAUGGAAUUCUUCCAGUUAUUGAUGUUUUUUUGGUAUUAUUAAGUUGCUAUUAUAAAAAUAUAUAUGCGUAAAUGAAACAAGCCGGAACAA